CAGUACAACAACUUAUGGUUGUGUAACCCUCAAGUUUAUAUAAACAUGCGUUUGCCCAUGUGUACGCACUUCAUUACAACAUUGACGAUUUAACGGACAGGACAUCAUAGUAGAAAGUGGAAAUAACGAUAAAUCACCAUGGCUCACAACAUACCUCUUAUAGUCCUAACUGUCAUCAAUCCGGUCGUGUAUGCAGUGGCCACCAUAUUCAACGCCCUGUCAGGAGAAACCGGACAAAAACUAGGAAUAUUUAAGAGCAGCACAGGGACUAUUUCGGAUAAGUACAAGAUAAACAUAACCCCGGCCGGAUGGAUGUUCAGUAUCUGGGGUGUGAUCUAUAUUUGGGAGGCAGUGUGGAUUGUUUACACCAUUGUCAAUUUGUUUCGGAAAACAGAUAAUGGCCCUCUCUACUGCAACCCGAUCCUCCUGCCCUGGACAUUUUUCGUCACUUUCAUCAUCAACAUGUGUCUCAACCUGUCCUGGAUUCUUCUAUUUGACAGAGAAGAAAUCAUCCUUUCAUUCGCUGUCCUGUUUUUCAUAGCUUUCACUUUGUAUGUGUGUUUGUUCAUUUCCUAUCGACAUCUUGAUAAACACGUCGAUUUUUUAAGAAAAGAUGGUAGAAAUUUCGACAUCUGGUGCAUCCGCAUCAUGGUUCAGAACGGACUUAGUGUCUACGCGGCCUGGACAACCAUUGCCACUCUUCUGAACAUGGCGAUGGUAAUGAUCUACAAAGGAAACCCCGGAGUGGAUAUUGAUGACGCAGGCACUGUUGCACUGUCCAUCUUGGUGGUUGAAGUCUUGGCCUACACCGUUGUAGACAUUGCCUUCCUAGAUCGGUACACCCGUUACACCGUAACACCUUGGGUUGUAGUCCCUCUUGCACUUGGAGCCAGUUUAUCUAAGAACUACAAAGCUGGUUCCAGAAAUUCCAUUAUGACGAUCGUCAUGAUUGUUAUUGCCCUGUUGUGUCUUGGUGCUAAAGUUUUCAGCUUGAUUUGGCGUCAUCUCAGAAGUCCCACAAAUUCCGCGAAAAUAACAGACUCUGACGAAAACCUGAAAAAAUCUGCCGUUGUUUAAUCUU